AUGUCCGAUUAUCUAGUAUGUGUUUUUGGCUCAGGUGGUGUAGGCAAGUCAUGUUUGACAAUGCAAUUUGUUCAAGGUAUUUUUAUGCCAAAAUAUGAUCCAACAAUUGAAGAUGUUUAUAAAACAACAAUUGACAUAGAUGAAAGAAAAUAUUCAUUAGAAAUUUUUGAUACAGCAGGAACAGAUGAAUUCUCUGCUAUGAAAGAUUUAUAUGUUAAAGAUUCACAUGGAUUUCUUCUUGUCUAUUCAAUAACAUCUCGAUCAACAUUUAGUGAUAUUCAAGGAUAUUAUGAUCAAAUAAUAACUAUUAAAAAUAUUGAUACUCAUGGUAGGCCAGCAAUUGUUCUUGUAGGCAAUAAAAUUGAUUUAGAAAAGGAUCGAGUUAUAUCUCGUGAAGCUGGUCAAGCAUUAGCAAGAAAAUGGGAUUGUGCUUUUCUUGAAACAUCAGCUAAAGAUCGAGCAAAUGUUACUGAAGUAUUUUAUGAUUUAGUUCGGCAAAUAAAUCGAAGAAAUCAAGUGCCACCAACGAAUAAAUCAAUACCAGAUAGUAUCGACCCAAAUGAAGCACGUGUAGAAUUUCAUAAAAGACAAUCAACCUCAAAAUCGACUGCUCAAACAAAAGACAACAAUCCUGGAUGUUGUGUUUUGCUAUAA